GUGCAAUCGCUGCAGCUUGAAGCGAAAGACCUUGCAGAUCAGCUUGCGAAGAUCUCCACGCCAAUCGCUGCAGAAGGAGAGGAGGAGCCAGAAAAGCAGGCACAGCAGGCGAAGACGGACGAGCAAGGCACUCCCACCAAGCUUUCGGAUCGGCUGAGCUGGGAGAAGAUCGAGGCCAUGUCAAACGAAGAGCGGUUUGCAUUAUCACAGGAGGUUGGUCCAGCAUUUGGACUUUCCGUGGCCAUUGUGGCCGUAUGUUACUGGUCCAUCACGCUUCCUGUACUCCUCAACGCCUAUCAUGACAGCACGGGCGAAUGGCCUCGUGUCGAGGAGAUUUUCUCGCUUUCGGAUGGUGGGAAAGCUGCCGGCGCCGUCGCAGGCAUUCUGGGCCUGGCCGCCUUGCUGAAGCCUCUGCGAAUUGCCUGCGCCAUCGCCCUUACGCCCUGGACGGCUGACAACGUGCUGCCUCUCGUGCCCUGGCUCUCACAGAAGAAGGAGGACGGAGCUGGAAAGGCUUAA